UCUCAAAUCAGGCUCUGUCCAGGCUGGGAUCCUGGCCCGAAUUCUCUGCGUGUAAAACGUAGAUUAAUCAUUAUCCUGCUGGCCUCCGUUCGGCUCUGAGCUGCCCUGCUGCUGCCCCGAUGGCUGAGCUCUUGCCAAAAUGCACGUGAGGGGGCUGGCGAGUCCCCAGCUGCCCUCUUCCCCUUGGGAACCCACGGGGUUAACGGAGCUCCCCCGGCUCCCAUCCCACCCUUAGGAUGCUCUGGGCCACCAGAAGAGGGGAGCAGGGCGCAGGGCUCCGAGACGGCUCCUUUCCCAUCCCUGUGCGACUCAGCUUUUUGCUCCGAAAGCUGCACGUGCUUCUGAACACCUCGGCCCCACGCUAGCCCAAGUUUUUCCCUACGUUCUUCCUUUCCUGCAGCGGCGGCGGAGAGGUGGGCAGCAUCCCGAGGGUGUUUCCAGCAGCCCCGAGCUGCCUGGCGAGCCCUAGGUGCGGGAGGAAUCGGAUCCACCCGGAGCAGGGAGCAGCCUUUGGGAUGGGGGAAGCGAACCGUGACCUUCAGCAGGCACCUUUCCUUUGCUGGAGGGCCCUUCUCCCUAAAAGCCAACCCGGGCUGGCAGGUGCCACGCUCUGAGCUUCCCCGGCGGCGUGGAUUUGGCGACGCCGCGGGGUGAUGCUGCAGGCGAAGCUUGGGGCUGCAAGCAGAGGGUCUCCUCCGCGCUCUGCUGCAGGGAUUGCCCUUUGCUCCGUGCCAUCAAUCAUUUACCUGCCCUUGACCUUCGCUUCGGCCCCCGGCCUGGCGCGGGGAGGUUCGCGCUGGAGGGGUUUCGGCCCCCACGGAGCCCCUCGCCGCGCCCUUCCCCGCUGCACUUUGGCUCCUCUAUCUGCUGCGUGCUCCUCUUUGGUGGGUCCCCGUGCAGGGCUGGGAAGGCAGCCCAGUGCCGCCAGGAGGAGGAGGAGGAGGAGGAGGAGGAGGAGGAGGGGUGGGGAGAGGCCAGCCCGGAGCUUUGCCAGAUGUGGGAAAGGAGAAAGCAGGGGGGACGUCGAGCUCCGUUCUCCCCGCUUCGAAAGAGCGGGGACCCCCUCCCUCGGGGAGGAGGAGGAGAAGGUCGGCGGCGUUGAGGCCGAAGGGCGGCGAGGGCGCGAGGUUCGGCCCGAGCAUCCCCACGCGCGUUCCCCCGCGCCGGGGCAGAGGAGAAUCGGGGCCCCCCGGCGCGCCCCGCUCUGCCUCCCUCCACCCCCCGCAUUGUUCCCGGCCCGGCGGGCGGGAGGAGGAGCAGGGCCAAGGGCCAGCAUGCGGUAGGCGCCCCGUGCCGCGAGGCAGGCAGGAAGGCAGCGCUGGGAGCGUGCCGCCGGAGCCGCUGGCAUGUUGGUCGUGCUGCUCGUCCGGGUUGCCUGUGUGUCCCUGCUCCUCCUGGGCGGGCAGGGCAGGGUGUACUCCGGGAGGAAGAAGCCGGCCAGCUUUGCCGUGGAGAGGCGCCACGUGGGGCCCCACAUCUGCUUCUCGGCUUUCGGCAGCGGAUGUUGCCCCGGCUGGAUGCUGGCUCCGGGCAGCGGGCAGUGCAUCCUGCCGCUCUGCUCCUUCGGCUGCGGCAGCGGCUUCUGCAUUGCGCCCAACCUCUGCUCCUGCCCCGACGGAGAGCGGGGCGUCACCUGCCCAGAGCCGCUGGGGAACUGCGGGGAGUACGGCUGCGACCUCUCCUGUAACCACGGCGGGUGCCAGGAGGUGGCCCGCGUCUGUCCCCUCGGCUUCUCCAUGGUGGAGACGGACACCGGCGUCCGCUGCAAUGACAUCAACGAGUGCCUGAGUGCCGCCUGCGAGGGGCCGUGCGUCAACACCGAGGGUGGCUUCGUCUGCGAGUGCGGCCCCGGCAUGCAGCUCGCCGCCAACCGCCACAGCUGCCAGGAUACGGACGAGUGCCUGGCCACGCCGUGCCAGCACCGCUGCAAGAACAGCGUGGGCAGCUACCGCUGCUCCUGCCGGCCCGGCUACCACCUCCACGGGAACCGGCACUCCUGCGUGGAUGUCAACGAGUGCCGGCAGCCAGGCGAGCGCCGCGCCUGCCAGCACGCCUGCCACAACACACCGGGCAGCUUCCUCUGCUCCUGCCGGCCCGGCUACCGGCUCAGCAGGGACAGGGUGUCCUGCGAAGGCUUCCCCAAGGCCAUCCUGGCGCCCUCGCCCAUCCUGCAGUCCCUGCAGCACCCCCCUACGCUCGUCCUACUCCCUCCCGGAGCUGGGGGACCCCUCCUGCUCCCCUCCCCUCACCUCCCCGCCGCGGCACCGGGCACGUCUAUUCCUCCCUCCCCUCACGAUGCCAUGGAGCCGCCCCCCGGGACUCCCACACCGGCCCCUCGCUGCUGGCACCGCGGGGCUCCCCAGGAGCCGGGCGCUCGCUGGACGGAGCCGGGGUGCCAGAGCUGCAGCUGCCAGGGAGGCCAAGUGCUCUGCGAGGCCAUCACCUGCCUCGUACCGUGCUCCCACCCUCUGCCCGCCCCAGCUGGGGGCUGCUGCCCCAGCUGCACAGGCUGCCUGAGCAAUGGCGUGGCCCACGCCGAGGGAGAAGUCUUCACCCCGUCAGAUGGGAACUGCACCAUCUGCGUGUGCCUGGCCGGCAAUAUCUCCUGCAUCUCCCCUGAGUGCCCCCCAGGCUCCUGCCCCAGCGCCUCACCUCCCAACUGCUGCACCUGCCAGCCAGGUGGGGUCCUACCCGAGGAGAUCGAGUGGCUGCGGGUGGCUGUGCCUCACGCAUGGGGUUGGGGGGGCUCAGCUCCCCAUCUCAGCCCUCGCUGCCUCCUUCCUGCCCAGCAAAGUGCAGCUUCCGUGGCCGGACCUACGCGCACGGAGCCCGCUUCAGCUUGGAUGGGGACGAGUGCACCACCUGUGUCUGCCGGGUGGGUCCAGGGCGCUGCUCGUGGUCCCGCAGGUGGCACAGAGCUGCUGGGUGAUGCGCCCUUCUCCCCACAGGGCGGAGAGGUGGAGUGCUCCUUCGCCCCAUGCCCAGCGCUGGAUUGUCCCCAGCACCAGCAGCAGCUGCGUCCCGGGCAGUGCUGCUUCAGCUGCAAGGACCCCCCGCGCCCCUCGGGCUGCUUUGUGGAUGACAACGGGGUGGAGUUUCCCAUCGGACAGAUCUGGUCUCCGGGUGAUCCCUGUGAGUUAUGCAUCUGCCAGGCCGACGGCUCGGUGAGCUGCAAGCGGACGGAUUGCGUGGAGACAUGCCCCUACCCCAUCCACAUCCCCGGGCAGUGCUGCCCCGACUGCUCGGCAGGAUGUACCUACAUGGGGCGGAUCUUCUACAACAACGAGACCUUCCCGUCGCUCCUGGACCCCUGCCUCAGCUGCAUCUGCCUGCUGGGCUCGGUGGCCUGCUCGCCCGUGGACUGUGCCAUCUUCUGCACCUACCCCUUCCACCCUGAGGGCGAGUGCUGCCCCGUCUGUAAAGACUGCAACUACGAGGGCAGGAAAGUGGUGAACGGGCAAAGCUUCAGCCCCGAGGGCCGGCCCUGCACCCGCUGCACCUGCCAGCUUGGGGAGGUGAGCUGUGAGGAGAGGCCGUGUCCCCGUUCCUGCACCGAGCCCGCCGCCUGCUGCCCCCCUUGCCAAGCAGAUGGCCAGCUGCAGAGCAGUGACGCGUCCCCAUCUCUGUCCCCAUCCCCAACCCCAGAGCCAUCCUCCUCAUCUCCAUCCCCAUCUCCAUCCCCAUCCUUGUCCCCAUCGCCAUCCCACAAGGGCACACCCCAGUCCCCCCGCCACCGCCUGGCCCAGGUCCUGCUCCACACCACCCCCCUCAGCACCUCUCUGGGGGGGGAGCCCCCUCCCAACACCCCGAGCCCCCCAUCGGGCUGCCCUGGCAAGGCCACAGGACCCCCAGCCCUCAGCAGCAGCCCCAGCUCGAGGCAGGAUGCUCAGGGACAGCCCGGGGACGUGGACACGGACACAUAGAACCACCCACACCUGGAGGAGGAGGAGGAGGAAGGCUGCCGGAUUAGAGGGCCUGGCUGGCCAGGCACGGCUGGAGAUGGGGCGCUGAGGUGCGCAGUUGGACGCACCGAGCAACCAGGGCUGGUGACACAUCCUUGGGCAGCGGGCACAGGGUACCCCGGCCCCUCACGCCCCAUGGUGCCAGAGGCUGUGGGGCUGGGGCGCCAGUGCUGUUCCACCGCCCAAUAAAGUUACCCCAGUAUUUA